CCGCCCCGCACUUCCGCGGGCCUCAGUUCCCGGCGACCCUGGCGGCAGGUUCCGGGCGUGAGUGCAGUUUGUGAUGGCGGGGGCUGGGUCCGCCGCUGUGUCCGGCGCAGGAACCCCGGUGGCGGGGCCCGCAGGCCGCGACCUCUUCGCCGAGGGGCUCCUCGAGUUCCUGAGACCCGCUGUGCAGCAGCUCGACUCUCACGUCCACGCCGUCAGAGAGAGCCAGGUGGAGCUCCGGGAACAAAUCGACAACCUAGCUACUGAACUGUGCCGUAUCAAUGAGGAUCAGAAGGUGGCCCUGGAUCUCGACCCCUAUGUGAAGAAGCUCCUUAAUGCCCGGCGACGAGUUGUCUUGGUCAACAACAUUUUACAGAAUGCCCAGGAACGCCUGAGGCGGCUAAACCACAGUGUUGCCAAGGAGACAGCCCGGAGGAGGGCAAUGCUGGAUUCAGGAGUUUACCCGUCUGGUUCACCAAGCAAAUGACGGACCAGAAGCGGGCCCAUGGCCUCAGAAUAGCACAAGCACUAUUUUUCAGCUGCUUUUCCUCCAGGACACCCUGUAAACCUUGGGACAUGAAAAAGCAGUCGUACGGUUUGUGUUGAAGCACUUAAAAGUCUUACUCAUUUUUGUGUGUGUGUGGGGGGGGGGGUCCAAAGAAACUUUUGUACGGCAGGACUCAGGAUCCCAAAGGCUGUAUUACAGCUCUUGCUUCGUUCCAAGAAUGAGCUGAGGCCUGCAUUUUCUUUUAAAGCUAUAUACUCAAGGCCUACCUCUACCUAUUUCAAGCCUAGUUAACCAGGGAGGGGCUUCCUGUUACAUGGCUGGUUGUUGGGGCCUGGGCAGCAUGUCCUCUACCUGUGACUUCUCAUUUUCAUGUUUACACUGACGAUCUGGAGAGGCAGGCAAAGUCAAGGUCGGCGCCCCCUAUGCCUUCCUGUUGAUUUCACUAGCUUGAAUACAGUAGCAGUCUUGCGAGAACCAUUUAAUUCAAUAAAUGCUUAAUCAGUA